CAGUUGGGGUGGUGACUGUUUAAACCAGUUUUACCACCUUAGCUGAACGCUAAGCCAUUGCUUCAAAAAAAAAACCCUCAGGAAGUCUCCAGUGUAAGGAAAUGGGAUGGUUGAUUUCCCUCAACUCCCGCCUUAAUCUGUUUAUUUGUUGCUGGCUCUUUGAUGCUUGUCACAAGGGUGUCACUGCUCUGUCCCUACCUAUGCCUCUCCUCACUGUCACCACUGCUUUGCCUUUCAAGGAACUUUUGUGGUCUGACUUGCAAAACAAAGAGUUUCUUAGGGAAUAUCAAAGAGGAGAUGAGAUGUAACACAUGGAUUGCCUACGUAAUACAUGACUUCUCUGUGCGAGCACAAAGUCUUCCCGGUAUUCCCUUUGCCACUUUAUUCCUCUGUGAGGCUGUGUUCGGGCUGGACACUUUGUGCAGUACUGGCACAGUGCUGCAAUGUGACGUAGUAAAUUGCUUAACAGUUUCAUAACCUUUUCCUUUCAAUGCUGGGUAGAAAUGAGGGGCUUUGAUCAGGAGGUUACAUCACAGGACCAGCUUCUUAAAGAAAAAUAAAAGUGGGAAAUGAGGUUACACUACUAUGUUGCAUCCCCGCUUGUUGUUUCUUACUACGCAGUCCUUCAGGGACACAGUGUGGCAAUGCUAAAGCAAUACGCUUUGCCAGCGUAUGUCAGAGGGACAUUAGUUGUGUCCCCCGGCAGAUGCUGUGGCAAUGAGUGUGCGUGAGGCUGACACCGAUUAGGCUGCACCAUGGGGCUCUCACCAGACGUUUCCUAGGGCAGCGAGGGCCGCAGGGGGUGGGUAUCACAGCAGCGGCAGUGAUUGCUGCUGAUGGCUGUUGGGGCUCUUCCCAGGAUAAGUCCUGUCCAAGCUUAGAUGCCAGGAGCUCCUGCUGUUUUAACAUGAGCUUGAUUAGACCGGCGCUACGGAGGAUCACUAGGCAGUGCGUGCAUGCCAGAGACCAUUGCUAACAGACAGGAUAAUAAGAUCUCUUCCAGGGGCCGAUCCAGAGGUAUUACAAGCAGGUGUUUUGGUGUCCACUUCCUCGGCCAUCAGAGCACGGUGAUUUGUUACGACAGCCUCCGCAGGUCCUUGGCAGGCUUUCGUGUCGCCUCUCUGCGCGUGGUGUAAAGCAGGACACAGCCCGGUUUGAGAACACGUCAGCUCCACGCUGCUUCCCACCUCCCGGAGGGGUUUCCAUCUCCUUCGCAGCCCUUUCCUUCAUUGCCCUGGGUGAUCGGUCUCCCUGCAAACCUGUAGAUCAGGAGUUUCCAGCCUAAAGGCUACACCUCUCAGUGGGGUCGGGAGCCUGGCCGGUGCAAUUCGAUAGGCGAGGAGUUGGGGUCCUGGCCAGGCUGCCGGUUGGGCACUAGCCUUGGGGAAAGCGAAGGAGCGAGGGUCAAGGGGGUGGCUGGCCUCCCCUUCCCAUUUGCCUUGCCCUCUGCCCCGGCGGUGCAGAGAGGGAAGGUGACCGGUGAAAGCGUGGCCGUGUCCCGCCGUACUCGGGCAUCUCCCUGCUAGCGCACGGCAAGGGCGGCCCGGGAGGAUGCGGCUCUGCUUCGGGGUGCCGGCAGCCACGGCCCCGCGGCGGGGUGAGGAGCGGCAUACCCUGAAGCGGGGAAAGAGGCUGGGAACGGCUGCGGUUUGGGGCCGGCUCUGAAACCCGCCCCGCCAGGCGUGCUCGCACAUAAGGCAGGUGAAUGCAAACACUGCCCGGGGCGUCAGCUUCCCGGGGGUGGAGCUGCUCCGGCACAGGUGGCAGGGCUGAGCCCGGGGCCCUGCAGAGCCUGGGGAGCCCUGCUCCAAAACCGAGCCCAAAGCAACCAGCCUUCACCCGGGCGGCGAGGUCACCUCCCUGAGAAUCAGGCUAGGGCCCUCGCUGCCACCGCCACCCCCAAGCGAGGCUGGCCACGGCGAGCAUGGACUGUCCGGGGAAGGAAGGCGCGGGGGGCAGGAGGAGGAAUUUGGCCCUGCUGAGGAAGAAGCUGUACAUGGGGGAGAGGAGGAGGACGGAGCCCGUGGUGGAGAGCACCGCCGCCGCCGGGGACCACGGCACCUUGCGGAGGAGUCAGUCGGACAGGACGGAGUACGGCCAGAAAUUACAAGAAAAAAUGGCCCCUCAGGCAGGGUCCUCAACCCCCACCACUUCACUGCAGGAGGACGAAGAACAAGUUAGCAGACGCAUGAUGGCCAAGAGGGUGAAAAUCAUCGCAGAGCUCGUGCAGACGGAGAAAGACUAUAUCGGCGACCUGGAUCUCUGCAUCAAGGAAGUGAUUCAGCCCCUGAGGAAGAAGCAGAUUGCUCACUUUGACGUGGAUGGCUUGUUUAGCAACAUUGAAUUGGUCCAUCAAGUAUCAGCCAAACUGCUGUCACUGUUGGAAGAAGCCACGACAGAUGUGGAACCACCCAUGCAAAUAAUCGGGGAAGUGUUCUUGCAGAUUAAAGGCCCACUAGAAGACACAUAUAAAAUCUACUGCUAUCGCCAUGAUGAUGCACACACCAUGCUGGAAUCCUAUGAAAAGGAUGAAGAACUGAAGCAGCAUUUAAGACACUGUGUACAGUCCUUAAAAAAGAUAUAUGAGGAAGAAGGAAAGCCGAAUCUAAUGGAUAUGGGAUCCCUGAUGAUCAAACCAGUGCAACGGGUGAUGAAAUAUCCCUUGUUACUCUGUGAACUCUUGAAUUCAACUCCUGCUUCUCACCCUGACCACAAGGCGCUACAAGACGCCCUUUUUGCUAUGAAAAACAUUAAUGUGAACAUCAAUGAACUUAAAAGGAGGAAAGAUUUAGUGCUGAAGUAUAAGAGGAAUGACGAUGACGAAACCCUUAAAGAAAAGUUUUCCCGACUGAAUAUCCACUCCAUUAGCAAGAAAUCCAAGAGGGUCACCAGCCACCUGAAAAUACUGACGGGGGGAGAACCACAGGUGAAAGAUCAAACUUUUAAUAAGGAAGAAAAGUUGUUUCGAAGUUUAGAGAAGACUGUGAAAUUGUGUGUGAAGAACAUUUCACUCUCCUCACAACAUCUACAGGAUUCUAUACAUCUGGCUACACAGAAUAUAAUCGGGCUUCAGGAAAUCUUGCAAGACAAAGAUGAUGGAGUCAACAACUGUUUGAAGAAACAGAACAACACUGCAAAUCUCUGUGAAGACCUUAUGGCUCAGCUGGACAAGCUUGUUCUGGCUCCUCUCUCAGCACUACAAGCCUUGUUUUCGGGCCCACAGAAGCUCAUCCAGAAGCGCUAUGACAAGUUGUUGGACUACAACAGCUACCUUCAGAAGUCAACGGGAGAAGAGCUGGACCUAGCAAAGAAAGACUAUGAGGCUUUAAACGCACAGUUAGUGGAAGAACUUCAGGUAUUCAACAGAGCAGCCAAAAAGAUUGUGUUGAACUGCCUGCAUUGCUUCAUCACCCUCCUCAGGAAUAUUAUGUCUGCAGCACUUCAAUCAAAUUCUGCUGUGGUGGUGCCUGUUCCGCUGUCUUCCUCAAGCAUCUGUGAAGUGCAGAAUCAGUUGAUGGAGGAGGUUCACAAGCUGAAUUUUGUAAAAGAAAACAGCAGUGCAACCUUUAUUGAGAGAAAAUUGAGCUUAGAAAAAAAGAAACCUGUCCCUUCUCCGCUCGAAUCCCCACGUCAAACAGAAGGCCACAGGUCCAAGCUGUUGUCUACGUACAGCAUAGAAUUGCUAUACCAAGCUAAGCGCAAGUGCAAUGCCACACAGGAAUUUGAUAUUGAUUUACAUGAAGGAGAACUGGUGGCUGUUGUGGAGCAAAAGGACCCCUUCGGAAGUACGAGCAGAUGGCUUGUUGAUGCAGGAAUCCUUAAAGGGUAUGUGUAUUCCUCCUUCCUGAGGCCUUACAAUCCAGCCAAAGCACAGAAGGACGUAGCAGAAAACGGCUUUGGUGAUGAUGAUUUUGAUAAUAUCAGCCUCUUUGUCUCUUCACGGCCCUCUACUGACAGCAGCACAAGAAGUCUGGGGCACAAGAAGAGUGACAGCAGCUCAUCUCUUCACUUCUGUGAAAAUCCCACAGUUAAUGGCACAGUGACUGAUGCUUUUCAGGAUAUGGAUGAUCAGCAUACCUUUUAUGCUGUUUACGCAUUUCAAGCAAGAAAUGAUCAGGAACUCAGUCUUCAGGAGUACCAGAAGGUUAGGAUACUUCGGUUUUCUGACCUGAGUGGCAAUAAAGAAUGGUGGCUAGCAGAAGCAAAAGGUCAGAAAGGAUAUGUACCAUCUAAUUAUCUCGGGAAGAUGACAUACGCUUAG